UCUCUCUCGUUCACUUGCUCACACACUCACACUCUGCACACUCAGGACCCCCAUCCCUCCCCGCCUGGCCGGAUGCUCAGCUGUCUUGUGAGCUGAGCAGUUCUCCUCUGCUGCUGUUGCUGUGUGCUGUGUGCAGUGUCAGUGUGUGUGUAUGUGUGAGUGUGCCCGUCCCGUCCUGCUCAGCUCAGACUUCUCUUCUCCGCAGCACCGCAGCUCACCGUCCGAGGGGACUGCACGCUUUCUAACCGGAUUGUCUCGCAUUGCUACGACCACCCUUGAUAGUAUUGUGCUCUUUUGUGCUGCUCUCCCGUCCUGCCCCGUCCCAUCCUCCGUAUAAUCAGAAUCAGGAAUCUUUUGUUCAGUGAGGAUGAAGAGGUGAACGUCUUUUGAGCGCAAUCAUGGCAGUCCAGGCCGGCCUUCAGUCCUGGUUGGAGCGGUUCGACUCUCCUGUCUCCCGUAACCGUGGCAGCCCCCUGACGGCGCGCCAUGGCCCCGGGCUGGCCGACGUGCCCCAGUACGACCAAUGGCUGGCCGUGCGGCACGAGGCCACGCUGGUGCCCAUGCAGGAGGACCUGGCCAUAUGGCUCACCGGCAUGCUGGGUGAUGAGGUGCACGCAGACCACUUCAUGGACGAGCUGCACAAUGGCGUGAAGCUGUGUCGCCUGGUCAGGGAGCUGCAGAGCCGCGUCACACAGAGCUGCCCCUCGGACAAGUGGCAGGACUUUCCCAUGAAGAAGGUGUCGUUUAAGGCGGACGCCUCUCCAGGCUCCUUCUUCGCCCGCGACAACACUGCCAACUUCCUGAGCUGGUGCCGCAAGCUGGGCGUGGACGAAACCUACAUGUUUGAGUCAGAAGGACUAGUUCUGCACAAGAACCCACGGCAAGUAUGCCUAUGCUUGCUGGAGAUCGGCAGGAAAGUAUCCAAGUUUGGCGUGGAGCCUCCGGUGCUGGUUAAACUGGAGAAGGAGAUCGAGCUGGAGGAGACCUUGAUGAUGGCAGGAGACCCAGCGCCCGCCGUCAAGACCUUCACCGUUUGCUGCCAGCAUGGUAGCCUCUACCAAGGAGACCAUGACCCGGGUGACGAUCCUCCAUGUAACUGCACCCAGAAAGUGUCCAUCGAGUAUCUGUCUGAGGGCCGAUACAGACUCGGAGACAAGAUCCUCUUCAUUAGGAUGCUGCACGGUAAGCAUGUGAUGGUGCGCGUCGGCGGUGGCUGGGACACCCUGAAGGGCUUCCUGAUGAAGUACGACCCGGGCCGGGUGCUUCAGUUCACCACGCUGGAGCAGAAGAUCUUGGCCUACCAGAAGAAAGGCCCGUCGGGCCCCGCGCUGCCCGUGCCUGUGCAGCAGGGCCUGCAGCCGCCCGUCAUGGACCCCCUGGCCGCCGUGGGCAUGUCCGACGAGUCGUCAUCGUCAUCAUCUUCGGCUUCGUCACCCUCCUCCCCGACGACGACGCCGUCGUCCUCUUGCACGUCGUCCGCAGCCACAUCCAAAGCACCGACGCCGGGCCACUGCACCCCGCGCUCCUACGCGGCGUCCCCGGCCUCCACGCCGACGCUGGCCCGGAAGGCCCCGUUCCCCAACGCCUCCACCCCGUCCUUGGGGAGGAAGGCGCCGUUCCCCAACGCGUCCACCCCGACGCUGGCCAGGAGGAAUCCCAUGCCACCGCCGACUCCGACACCGGGCAGGAGGACGCCUCUUCCGUCCACCCCGACGCUAGGGAGGAAGACUCCGGUGUCCACUCCGACACUGCAGAGGAAGACCCCCGCGUCCACGCCGACUCUGCCGCGGAAGGCUGCGAUCCCCAAGAGGGUGCUUCAGCAAGGGCCGAGCACCCCGGCGACUCAGAGGAGGGCCCAGCAAUCUCCCGUGCCGGGUCAGAAGACCGCGGUGGCGUCGCCUCGGCAGACUCCUCCGUCCACGCCGACCGUGCAGAGGGCCGCCAGCGUCAAGCAACAGCGUCGCCAGCAGCCCAACGGCAACCCGCCGCUGCCCCGCAGCCCCGUGUGCGCCGAGCCCACCUGCAAGCUGCCCAAGUCUGCCCCGCUCACACGCAGGGCGGUGGCCUUGAACAGCAAGGCCGGGGCGACCCAGCGGGACGGCAAGCCCCCGAUGGGACCCGUGCGCUCCCGUCUGGCCCAGCGCCGGGGCUCGUCUCCGGUGUCCCGGCUGAGGAUGGAGGCCCGCAACCGCCGGCCACUCUCACCACUCUCACCCCGACCCCUCCCCUCCUCGCGACCUGCCAGCCCCGCCAGCUUCAUCUCCCUGGACUCCAAGACCACACUCUUCUCCUCCUCCUCCUAUUCGACCCUGCCACCAACGCCUCAGUCCACCUCCCGGCCCGGGACGCCCACCUGCUCCAGGACUCGAGGGGUGCCGGCGGCCUCCCGCGCUUGUGCUUCCCCGCUCAACAAGGCCAAAGACCCCGCCAAGGGGAGGAAGAGCCUGGGCUCCUCCAGGCCCGGUACCCCUGCGUCCUCCAGGCCCGGUACCCCUGCGUCCUCCAGGCCCUGCACCCCCGCGUCCUCCAGGCCCUGCACCCCCGCGUCGUCCAAGCCCUGCACCCCUGCGUCGUCCAGGCCCGGCACACCGUUGUGCUCUCGCCAGGCUACUACUACUGCUACUCGCCCGCUGCCGUCCAAGCAAGCGGCCCGCACAGACUCGCCGUACCUGCCCGCCAAGAGGCAGCCCCCGGCUGGUCAGCAGCAGAAGCCUGGGACCCAGCAGAGCAGCGCAGCGGGGGCCAAAGAAGGCCAGAAGACGCAGCCCCCUUCCGGCUGCCAGAAGAGCCAGCAGCAGCGGACUAAAGUGGGGAAGAAGGAGGAGCCCUACUUUGAGAUGAACAGCAGGAGGAAGCAGCAGCAGCAAAAGUGCUGAACUCUCGCCCUCUCUGACUCAUUCUUAAGUGUUUACUUGCUCAGUGUCGUGCACUAUGUAGAGAACACAACAACUUGCCAUCUACUGUCUGUAGUGAAGUGUAUGUUGUGCGCGAGUGAAUACGACCUAGACGGUUUCCCAAAACUGUAUUUGCUAGCCGUUACAAUAUGGCUUAUCAAACAUGGCCGCCGGUUAACAAAUCGUUCUAGGGCAAACAGAAGGUCGUUUUGUUGCCCAUGUUGCUGUCUGGGUUUUUUUUAGCUAUUAUGUUGUCUGCAGUGAAAACACCCACUGCCAGUCAGCAAAGUUUGCGUACUUCGCUAGCAGACAUGGUAUUGGGAAACGCAUUCCUUGAGUUACAGAAUAUAUCCAAAUUGUAGGCCUGCAAUGUUCACUCGUCCACUUGUACGGUUUACUACAUCAGGUGCAUCCCUCUGUGUAGUGCACUCCUGGAACAAGUAAAUAUGUCUUGACUCUGCCCUGGUCUCAACGGACUCCUUCGAACGGUUAAUGAGCACUUGCCCAGAGAGACGGAUCGUGGUUCAUUACAUUACUAAGAUUAAAGCAAUAUUGUUUGUCCAUGUCUGCUUUUUGUCUUUUAGAUGUUUUUUUAUAUUUGUGUUUUAAAUUAUUUUAUGAUUUUAUUUUUGUGUGUCAUGUCAUUGCCAAAAGGGUCAAAAAUACAAGCCUCAGAAUUUAACACUUAUUCUUUUAUCUUUUACUUUGGAAUUUAAUCAGAAAUAUCGACCAUGUUGCAGGGUCAGAGUAUUUCUGGCUUUUAUUCUGUUCGCUUUUUUUUCUUGAUUUCUUAAUCGCACAAAUUAGCCAUUUUUUCACAAGACCUUAACAUUCUGCCGAAAAAGUUACUGCGAGAGCAUUGGCCACUGCUACAGCAGUUACCUUGCUAACAUUAUCUUUUUUUUUUUUUCCUUCUUUGUUUUUUCUUUUUUUUGGCUGUAAAACGGUUUAGAUCGAGAAAAUGAUGUGCCUUUUCGGAGUGGAAGGAAUGAUUUGGGAUUUUUAAGAGUGCUUCCAGGCGCUAGUUGAGCUGUUACCUUUUUGACCUACAGGAGAUCUCUUGAUGUACUCUGUACAGUGUACACUGUAGCCCCACACUAGUCUCCCUGUCUUGGUCGUUUCUAACUUUUUCUACCGCAUAUUUAUAACAAGCUUGGCUUGCUAGCUAGCUAACAUGGUCUGGAAGGUCUUUGUGAAGCUCUUUUGUCAUGAAUUUUUGCAGUUGUCUUUUCGUUGUGAGGUAGCCUAGUGUUUAAUCGAUAGGAUGAAGAGAAAUGGCUUUUUUUUAAAAGCAUUUAUCAGCAUUUAAGGACAGCUGGACUGCUUUACUUUUAAGGAAGACAUACUACUGAUUUGACGGAUCAAGAGUUCAAUGCAUACCCUACAUGCCUAGUAUCUGCUAUCGCUAAGUGCAAAACGAAUAAAUAUAUAUAUAUACAUCGCCCAGUGUCUCAGAGCAGAGCUGAUAUUUAUAAAAAACGUACUACUCAAGAUCUCUUUUUGUUCAAUUUCCAUGGUUUAUUUGUUUUGUGUGGAACUGGAUGUGGAUAUAUAUAUGUUUGUUUUUUUGGUGUACACAUUGUAUAUUUACUGUAUGUGUGUUUUUAUGUAGCGUCAGUCAACUUGAACUAGUCUUGAGUACGUCAACCUUUUUCCAGCACUUUAAGAAACCCCCUUUGUCAUGAAUGUAGAAUCCUAUCUCCAACAAUUGUGUGUUUGUGGGUGUGCGUGAUGGUUCAAUAAAAGAGCUGAUUUUA